AUGAGGAUGCAGUUCACAGAAAAGAACCACAACAGCUUGGUCCUGCAGGCCCUCAACAAGCAGAGAAAGAAUAGGGAGUUCUGCGACAUGGUACUCAGUGUGGACCAGCAGGUCUUCUCUGCCCAUCUCAAUGUCUUGGCAGCUGUGUCUACCCACGUGAAGAAUCUGAUCUCAAGCAAUGACAUGAAGAUAGGUGAUGAGCUCUUUAUCAUCAUCGAUGCUAAUUUCCUGAAUCCUACCUUGGUGGAGCAGCUGCUGGACUAUUUCUACACUGGUAAGGUGUUGGUGUCUGAGAAGAAUGUGGAGGAGUUGCUGAAGGGGGCGAACUACUUCAGCUCGGAGUCUCUAAGAGCCCACUGCUCUGACUUCCUCCUUAGGUCCCUCAAGAAGAACAACUGCCUGUGCUACCUGUUCCUAGCCAACACUUAUGAGCUGAAAGAGGUGGCAAACAGUGCCUAUGCUGGUAUCCGUGACAACUUCCACUACUGGUCAGGCCCAGAGGGAAUUUCAGACCUCCUGCAGUGCCCCCACCAGAUCUUUGGCAAGCUGCUAAAGGACGAGAACCUUCACGUGCAGAACGAGGAUCAAGCGUUCCUUGCCCUGCUCCAGUGGGUGAAACACAAACGGGGAGAAAGAGAUAAGUAUUUCAAAAAGUUCUUCCCCUACAUUCAUUUAACUGGUGUCUCGACCAAGACGCUGCUGGCUGCCAGCCGCGAAGUGCUGCUGUUUGAGAGUCACUCUGGCCCCCUGGCCCAGAUGGAGACCAUUUUGAGUGACAGAAAGCAAGAAACUCCUCAAAGUCUGCUUCUUUUCCAAAGAAAGGGGGCCUUAAUGGACUCAGUGGUGAUUUUAGGAGGUCAGAAAGAGCAUGGUAGAUUCAAUGAUGGGGUUUUUGCUUACAUUAUUGAGGAGAACAUGUGGCUAAAACUAACGGAGAUGCCGUAUAAAGCAGCCGCUCUCAGUGCAGCUGCAGUAGGAAGGUACAUCUACGUCUCUGGAGGAACAACGGAGCAGAUAUCUGGCUUAAAGACUGCCUGGAGGUAUGAUAUAGAUAACAACUCCUGGACUAAACUGCCUGAUCUGCCCAUAGGUUUGGUCUUCCAUACCAUGGUGACGUGUGGGGGAGUGGUGUACUCUGUAGGAGGCAGCACAGCCCCAAGAAAAUAUGUCUCUAAUAUCUACAAGUAUGACGAGAGGAAAGAGAAGUGGACACUGGCUGGGAAGAUGAGCAUUCCUAUGGAUGCAACUGCAUUGAUCACAAAGGAAGACAAGUCUAUUUAUAUUGUGACGGGAAGAUGCCUGGUCAAUGGGCGUUUCUCCCGAGUAGGGGUGGUGGAUUGUUUUGACACUCAGACAGGAGAAGUGGUACAGUACCUCACCUUUCCCAUUGAAUUCAAUCACAAACCUCUGUUGUCUUUUCAACAGGACAACAUCCUGAGCAUACAGAGCCACAAACAAAGUCUGAACAUAAACCUGCAGAAGCUUAAAGCCAACAAGUCCACGAACACUGUGCCUCUCUUGCCAAAUAACUAUACUUUGGAUUUGUCUCAUGCAGUAUGCUCUAUUGGUGACAACAAGGUGUUCGUGUGUGGAGGCAUCAUUUGUGCAGGUGACAAGCGUCCUGAAGAUUAUUCUGUCAAUCCAAAUGCCUACCUGUUAGACCAAAAGACAGGGGAAUGGAAAGUUUUGUCCGAUCCUCCGGAAGCUCUGGAUUGCCCAGCUUGCUGUACAGUUAAACUACCUUGCAAGAUUCUCCGAAAAAUUGUAAUAAGUUAA